AUUUCGCCAUCUGCCAGUGUAUCCUACCCCCUCCGUGGUAGUACGCUGUGCCAGUUCGGGUCUUUACAUCCUGCCCCCUCCGUGGCAGUGUACUGCACCCAGGUUAAUAUAAGAUGACAGAACAGCCAGGCAUGUCACCAUCAACACACAUGGUGCCAGAUCAGCCAGACAUGCCACAAUCAGCCAAGCCACAACAUCCUAACACGUCUAAGACCAGACAUGCCAAAGCACUGGCUAAGACAAAACAUCUUUCCAGCCAUAGUAAACCAAAGCGCCCUCGUUAUGUCUCUGUGCCAACCACCACCACAGCACAGACACACAUAAGUGAUAUUUUACAUUCUCCUGCUACUGCCUCUGUCGAGGAAGAGUUUGUGGGCUUUCCCGCUCACUGUUCGCCUAACGAACCUACCUCUGGCUUACCGCCUCAGACAUCUGUUCCAAUAGUUCACCAGGCACAUACAUCUCCCACAUCUGGUCUGCAGCUGUCUCCUGAUUUCCUCUCCCAACUCCAAGCCAUGCUGGCUUUUUUCACACGAAUGCAGUCACUACCACAAGUUCCUGCCAUACCUCCACUCAACAUGGACCAACGUCCGUUCCAUGAAGCUCAUCCUUCCUGCUCACCAGAUCCCUUUGAUGUAGCCAAAGGCAGAUGUACGGACGAAGCCUCGUAUGCGGAGGAGUCAAUUUUCACUGACCAUGUUGAAGGAGACGACUGGAGCGACUAUUCAGAUCAUGAGGAGGAUACAUCGUAUCGCUUGUUCAAUACCUCAGAUUAUCAACCGCUAGCACGUAGGGUACUUCAUACCCUUGGUCUCCAGACUGCGCCUUCAACUUCGUCCGCCCCAGCUAUCAAAGGGGCCAAGGUCCUCAAAUCUCCUGCACCUACUGAACACUACAUCCCGGUGCCGGACCCAAUUGCCAAAUUAGCCUCCGAAGAAUGGGCCCACCCACUCAAAGCUCGACGCUUCAAGAACCUGGCUGACAGACUUUACACCCUAGCCCCAGACUUUGCCACCAAGUUAGAUGUCCCUGGCAUAGAUGAACCAAUCGCUCGCCUCGUUUCACGAUCUCUUUUGCCCAGGGAAGGGGAAUCCCACCUAAAAGAUACUACGGAGCGACGAAUAGACUUCGCCCUCCGCAAGAAUCACGAGGCCACUGCCCUAGCCAUGCGUGCCUCCGCUUCAGCCUCCAUCUUCUCCAGAGCAUCUAUGAUGUGGAUGGAUGACCUUCUAGAGGAUGCUAACCCUGAUCCUGUCACCUUCAAAAGAGCACUAUUGAAAUUACGUAAGACAGCAGCUUUUGUGGCCGAUGCCACUUUGGAUGCCACCCAAUUAGGGGCACGAGCCAUGACAACUCAAAUAGUCGCUCGUCGCACCCUCUGGCUUCGCCACUGGCAAGCUGAUUCGGCGGCCAGACUGAACCUGUCCAAGGCUCCCUACUCCGGAUCUCUACUCUUCGGCGAGGAAGCUCUAAAGGCAGUUCUGGUUGAUCCAAAAGAUGCCCACAAACCGGUUCUGGCCACAGUCAAGAACAUCGACCACAGGCCCUUCAGGCGAUUUUCCUCCUUUCGUUCCAACCAGUCCUUUCGAGGAACGUGGCCAGGAGGACGAGGCCGCGACUUCAGACCCUAUGACCCCAACGCAUUCAGGGGCUCCUGGAACCGACGCUCCCAAGGCAGAGACCUACGGCUGGCUUGUCAACUUCGACAAAAGCCAUCUCCAACCAACCCAACGCCUACUACAUCUUGGGGCAAUGUUGGACACCCUGCAGGCAAUGGUCUUCCUGGCUCCAGAUCGCAUCACUGCCAUCACAAGCAUUGCAAGGUCCCUGAUGCAACAAACAUCCGCAGACGUCAUGCUUCUCGCCAGAGCGCUCGGGAUGUUUAUCUCCACAAUCCACAUUGUGCCCUGGGCUCGAGCCCACACUCGGCCCCUUCAGUGGACCCUGUUGCCUUUUCAAAAAGACAUUGCCAGCUCCAACCAUCGCAAGGUUCGUUUGAGCCCCGCUCUGCACCUCUCUUUCCGCUGGUGGACCAAGGUUCAACACCUCUCCAAGGGCACGUCGUUCAGAGAACCCCGCAGAACCGUCGUAACCACAGACGCCAGCCUCAUAGGUUGGGGAGCCCACUGCAACUCCCAGUACGUUCAAGGGGUUUGGUCCAACGCAGAGCAAUCUCAAAGCAUCAACUGGCUGGAACUAAAGGCUGUCCACUUAGCUCUAUGUCAUUUUCAGUCUCUGUUCCCUUUGCAUCAUGUGCUCAUUCGAACAGACAACACAUGUGUAAAAUCACAUUUGAACAGACGGGGGCACCAGGUCUCGUCCUCUGCAGGACUUAGCCUCCCUCAUCU